GUCUCUCUCUCCAAUAAAUAAAAACAAAAUUAAAAAAAAAAAGAAAAGAAAGUGGUUAGGGAUCAGAGUCGGGCCCUGCUGCUAGGAAUCUCUCCGGUGAAGAUGUCGCAACCAGACUUCAGCCUGUCGGACGAGAUUCUGGCGGUGAUCCCAACGGACCCUUAUGAACAACUGGAUCUAGCAAGGAAGAUCACGUCAAUGGCCAUCGCUUCCAGGGUCUCCAAUCUAGAGUCCCAAGUCUCCGUCCUCACGCAGAAGCUUCGUGAAAAGGAUAAGCUUAUCGAUGAUCUCGAGGGAAGAGCAUCUUCCUUGGAAAGACUAUACCACGAGGCUGGUUCCUCCCUGAAGAAUGCCCUCGACGAAAAUAUGAAACUAAGACAAGAGCGAGAUUCGCUGGCCAUCACUGCCAAGAAACUCGGUCGUGAUUAUGCAAAGCUGGAAGCAUUCAAGAGACAAUUGAUGCAAUCUUUGAAUGAUGAGAAUCCAUCUCAAAUCGACAGCACUGAUGUCAGAGACAAAGGUAUUCUAAGCUUGUUCGCAUUCACGCUAAGCUCUUUUUGUUUUUAUUUAAGAGGCUGUCUCGUCAAUGAAAUGAUUGUUCUCUCAUGUUAUUUGCUCUCUGUAGAUGAGAAUUCAAAUGGCUUAUCCACACACGAUUCUUUCUCCAACAACAACCAAGGUUUACGGCAAAGAGCCUCUUUGACUCCCCCCGGGUUAACUCCAAGCGGAACGCCAAAGAUGGUAUCGGCUGGUGGAUCUCCGAGAAGCUACUCUGCGGCAUCAUCUCCUAAGCUAUUCUCAGGAGCCGCAUCUCCAACAGCUUCACAGUAUGAUCAUAUACGCAUGUGGUCCUCAUCAAGCCAGCAAUCUUCAGUACCAAACUCUCCUCCUCGCUCACAUUCUACUUCAGCUCGCCAUGCGAGGAUUGAUGGGAAAGAGUUCUUUAGACAAGCCAGGAGCCGUUUGUCUUACGAGCAGUUCAGCGCAUUCCUGGCUAACAUCAAGGAACUAAACGCUCGGAAGCAGAGCCGUGAGGAAACGUUGAGGAAGUCGGAGGAGAUAUUCGGGACAGAGAACAAUGAUCUUUACAUAUCCUUUAAAGGACUUCUCACAAGCGGCCGUUGAUCUAUAUAAUAUGAUAUGAUAACCACCACCACCACCAUCACCAACAACAACCUUUUUUAGCUUCUUCUUUGGACAUACACACCACAACUAUGAAUGUGAUCUCACUCUUUUAUUCUUCUCAUGACCAAUUUAGUCAUGGUUGAUUUCAAUAAGAUUCAUUUUUGUAAUGAAUAUUCAAUGAGGUAGAUGUAUUUUUAUUAAGAGAAGACAAAAGAUGGGGAACAUAUCAAAGCAAAGUUAGCCA